GAGCCCAUUACACAUACCUCUGUCUCUGUCUUUUAUUUAUCUUUUAAAAACUUUCCCUCCAUUAAUUCACUUCUGCUAGACUGAGAACUGAGAAGAAGAAGAAGAAGAAGAAGAAGAAGAAGAAGAAGAAGAAGAAGAAGAAGAAGAAGAAGAAGAAGAAGCCAUGGAAACCACCUCAGUUUCCAAGCUUCUCACACUGUUCUUCUUCACAGUCUUGUUCGUGUGUUCUGAGCUGAUCCACUGCAGUGUCACCUACGACAAGAAAGCCAUUGUCAUCAAUGGCCAAAGAAGGAUCCUCAUCUCUGGCUCCAUUCACUACCCCAGAAGCACCCCUGAAAUGUGGGAGGAUCUGAUUCAGAAAGCCAAACAUGGAGGCCUAGAUGUCAUAGACACUUAUGUCUUCUGGAAUGUUCAUGAACCAUCUCCUGGCAAUUACAACUUUGAAGGAAGAUACGAUUUGGUACGGUUCAUUAAGACAGUGCAGAAAGUGGGGCUCUAUGUACAUCUUCGAAUUGGACCAUAUGUUUGUGCUGAGUGGAACUUUGGAGGAUUUCCUGUUUGGUUGAAGUAUGUUCCUGGCAUCAGUUUCAGAACAGAUAAUGGCCCUUUCAAGGCAGCAAUGCAAGGCUUCACUCAAAAAAUUGUCCAGAUGAUGAAGAAUGAAAAGCUAUUUCAAUCUCAGGGUGGUCCAAUCAUUCUUGCUCAAAUUGAGAAUGAGUUCAAGCUACUAGGCAAGGGAAGGGCACUGGCACCUGCUGAUUAUAAAUACAUAAACUGGGCUGCAAAGAUGGCUGUUGGAUUGGGUACGGGAGUCCCCUGGGUGAUGUGCAAGGAAGAUGAUGCCCCAGAUCCAGUGAUAAAUGCAUGUAAUGGUUUUUACUGUGAUGAUUUCUCUCCAAAUAAACCAUACAAACCAAAACUUUGGACUGAAGCUUGGAGUGGCUGGUUUACAGAAUUUGGUGGCCCAAUUUAUCAGCGACCAGUUGAGGAUCUAGCAUUUGCAGUUGCUCGUUUCAUACAAAAGGGUGGCUCAUAUUUCAAUUAUUACAUGUAUCAUGGAGGAACAAAUUUUGGAAGAUCAGCAGGAGGCCCAUUCGUUACUACAAGCUAUGACUAUGAUGCACCAAUUGAUGAAUACGGUUUGCUCAGAGAACCUAAAUAUGGUCACUUGAAGGACCUUCACAAAGCUAUUAAACAAUGUGAACAUGCUUUGGUUUCUUCAGAUCCUACUGUUACAUCCUUAGGUACCUAUGAGCAGGCUUAUGUAUUCUCCUCAGGAACCGGAACAUGCGCAGCUUUUCUAGCAAACUUCCAUUCAAACUCUGCUGCAAGAGUGACCUUCAAAAACAAGCACUAUGACUUGCCUCCUUGGUCCAUAAGCAUCCUCCCAGAUUGCAAAACAGAUGUAUUUAACACCGCAAGAGUGAGGUUUCAAGCUUCACAGAUACAAAUGCUUCCUAGCAAUUCUAGGUUGUUCUCAUGGGAGACCUAUGAUGAAGAUAUAACUUCUCUAGAGGAAAGUUCAAGGAUUACAGCUUCAGGACUUAUAGACCAGAUAAACGCUACCAGAGACACUAGUGAUUAUCUGUGGUACAUAACUAGUGUUGAGAUAAGUUCAUCAGAGUCGUUUCUUCGAGGAGGGCACAACAAGCCUAGCAUUAGUGUGCACUCUGCAGGUCAUGCUGUGCAUGUUUUUAUUAAUGGGAAAUUUUCAGGCUCUGCGUUCGGGACAAGGGAAGAUAGAAGUUUCACAUUUAAUGGCCCUGUCAACCUACGUGCUGGAACUAAUAAAAUAGCACUUCUUAGUGUAGCUGUUGGAUUGCCUAAUGUUGGAUACCAUUUCGAAGCAUGGAAGACAGGUAUCACUGGUCCAGUUUUGCUCCAAGGUCUUGAUCAUGGACAGAAAGAUUUGACAUGGCAGAAAUGGUCAUACCAGGUUGGCCUAAAAGGAGAGGCUAUGAAUUUGGUGUCUCCAAAUGGGGUUUCAUCUGUUGAUUGGGUCAGAGAGUCACUAGCUUCUCAAAGUCUGCAACAGCUGAAAUGGCACAGGGCUUAUUUCAAUGCACCUGUGGGAAAUGAACCAUUGGCUUUGGACUUGGGAAGCAUGGGAAAGGGUCAAGUAUGGAUCAAUGGACAGAGCAUAGGAAGGUAUUGGAUGGUUUAUGCAAAGGGUGAUUGUAAACCUUGCAGCUAUGCGGGGACAUACCGAGAGCCAAAGUGCCAACUUGGUUGUGGACAACCUACCCAACGAUGGUACCAUGUUCCAAGGUCUUGGUUAAAGCCAACAAGGAACUUAAUUGUGGUUUUUGAGGAAUUAGGUGGGAAUCCUGAGAAAAUAUCUUUGGUAAAGAGGACAGUACACAUUCCUGCUAGUAAACACAGUUCAGAGAACUGAACGGACAUGAAUGAGUAGCCAAAUGGAGAUGGACAGGAAGCAUGAAGAAUAGUACAUUUUGUCCACCUGUGAAAUUAUAUGUGGCUUCUAUUUGCAUUGGUAUAUGAAUUUGAGGAAGUUAUUAUUUAUUUACUUUGCGAUUGAUAGUUAAUCCUAUUCUUGAUCUGGUAUCAAGAUGUAGAACAAGAGUGAUUGAUAGUUUGAUACAAAAGGGGUGAACAAGUUGAUUUUAAGCCUACUUUUUGGGCUUGAGUGUCAUCAGUGUAUCUACUUGAAAAAAGAGAAAAUUACAAAGUUAAGAUGUAUGCAUUCUAUAUAGAUCACUUUUGGAAGAGUUAAAUUUAUGUGAUAUGCUUAUAAA